GACCACACGAUUAUUUACGAGUUUAGGACAUAAGGUACUUAAAGUGACACGUACACAAGAAUUCCAUAAAGCAAUUGCUUCCGACAUGUGACUCAAUAAAUUUAUUGUUUAUUAUAUAUAAUAAGAAAUAAACCGACGUAUAAACAUUUUUAGUUGAAAGUUACAGUGACAAAUAUUCUCUGGAAUCAAGUUUAAUUGUCGAACUUCUCUUUCAAAAUACCAAGUUGAAUACGCGAAAUUCUCUUUCCUAUAUAAAAUUCAGGAAAAUUCUAAAGCAUAACAUUGUUAUCAAGAUUUAACUUUGAAUUUAUGUUAACUCAAUAUUAUAUACCUUUACACGAGUACCUUUGCACUAACGAGAUGGUUGAUAAGAUGUUUUUAUAAUGCAGCAGUAUUUUUCUAACUUCACCGCAUUCUUUCGCUUUGAUUGCUUGUUCAUCUUUUAAAUUGCAAAGUAUAUUUGUUUUUCAUUGCCCAUAAUUUCACAUACUUUUGUAGGGUUUAUCAAAAUAUAAAUCACUUUCAGCUGUCAUGCAUUUCAAAAAUAUAUUUCAAUGAAUGAAUGGAAAGAGAAGAGUGGCUCACAAAAUAGCAUACAAAAAAUUUUGGAAAAUUUUGGAAAAAUGGAAAAGUUGUACUGCAACAUAUAGAAAGCUUCUUGAAAAGAUAUAAGAAAAAACAGUUCCAAAGCUAGAUUAAAAUGACUUCAAACAAGAAACUUCAGGUACCAUGGCUACCAGCACCUGUCUGGAAAGAUUUUCCAAUGACCAAAGGCCUUAACCAUCAUCGAAUACCUGUUGGAAUCAUAGUAGCUGCGGACGAAGAAAUAACAUGUUUUCUAGAAAGUAAAAGUCUUGUCGAAGUGCAAGUAAGGUUCUUCAAUGAUGACUCUGAAACAGAAAACAUAUAUAUAAUUAAAGAUUCCUUUCCAGGUCGAGCUGCGAUUCUUGGUGUAAGCUCUGUAAGUGUUCCAUUUGUUGAUUGUGAGUACCUCAAAGAAACUCCAAGAGAAAGUCGCACUCUAAGUAUAGACUAUCCAUCCGAUUCGAAAAUUCUUCCGAUCUACCAUUUUGGUGACAAUGAGGAUGACUUUUUCAUGCUUUGGGAUACUCAAGAUGCAGAAUUUGCAUACAUUGAAUCAGAUUACUUCGGUUUUCUUAUACCAAAAAUAGACAAAGAGGCUACAAGAGAAUUACCAGGUGGUAACCACCUCGACGAUUUAAUUGCUUUUUAUGAUGAGAUUUUAAUUAUUUAUAAUCACUUAAUUGGAUUGUCAUUUGAAGAGACGGCAACCAAUCAAAAUGUAAGAAAUAGAUUUUUCAUCAAAGCUAACAAAAGUGGCGAUGGAAUGGCUUAUUACUGUGAUUGGUGUACGGCUGUGACGUCAGGAUCAAUCGAAUCAUUCUGGUUGGAUAUAAGCUCUACCAAUUGGGGAGCGUUGCACGAAAUAGGUCACGGACAUGAACUGAAAUGCCUUAAUGAUGAAACAUUAUCUGUUAGUGAAGUAUGGAACAAUAUUUUAGUUGUUUUUUACCAGACUAUUAUGUUUGGUAGUGAUGUAUCGACAAAGUGCACGAAACGAGAGGAUAUGGACAUUGUUGAAGCGAUUGGAAGUGAUGUUCCAGUCAAAGAUUGGGGUUUGUUCCAUAAAUUAUCAUUUUUAUUACAUAUGUUUGUUAAAGCUGGUCAGAAAUCUUUCCCGUGCUUUAAUCAGUUAAUCCGCCAAGAGUUAGAUGGCCACUUUCAUUAUGCUAGUGGAACAGCAUUCGUAGAAAAACUUAUGCAUUUCUUUGCGAUUGAUUUCGACAUCGACGUGUAUCCGUUUAUGAAAUUAGCAAAAGCAGCGAUAGCAGAGGAACAACUACUUGAACACUACUACGUUUUGUCCAGCGUGGCAUAUCCUCUGAACUAUCUCAUAAACGAUACUGAGGAACUAGAAAUUAUUAAAAAUAAACUGAAUCUGUGGUUUGAAACAAGCUUAGUUACUCCAUUAGAUUUAAGGCCAGCUAAAUUAAAAAAUGAUUUCACUGUAAAAAUAGAACACCACUUAUUUGAUCAUAUAUUUGGUGAUAUGCUCAAAUUAAUGGACGGGUCUCGAACCAUAGCAGAAAAGAGAAUUCUGAAUCAAACUAUUAUUUUUACAAACAUACCGGUAGGGGUGUACAAGGUUUUUGUUACACCUAACGUUUUGAAUGCCAAAUUGAUCUAUAACGAUUUUUAUGCAGUAGUACAUGCCAGUAAGCCUAGUGAUCUAUUUCUUACAGCCAAAAAAAUGAAAGCUCCCUCGCUUUUACGAGAUAAAAUCAAAUUUCUUGGUUUAGGUGAAAAUCAUUUUGCUACUCUAUCCGUAGAUCCGUUGAGACGAUUUGUAAGAUUCCAUGUAUUUUCGAACAAUCCACAUGAUUAUUAUAAAAAUGAAAACUACGUCAGUGUGAUUAUAAAAAAUGAAAAAAACGAAGUUAUUUUUAGCAAAACUUUAGAAGGCGAUAAUUGUGAGACUGGCAUGCAUAACAUAUACAUGGAUGGACCGUUGAUGAUUGAGUUAUUUCAUGCAGAAACAGAAAAGCGUCUAAAAACUGAUGAUCCGAUUAUGGAUGAAAUUAUAGAUCAUGAUAGCAAUACAAAUUAUUUAAUUGCAAAUGAAUUCGGUUUUCAAAAGGAGAAUACACCCAAAGAGUUGUUAGAGAAGAGAUUUUUAAAUAGAAUAGAAUUAAUAGCGAAUAAAAUUAGGAAAAAGUCCUCUUUACAUAAAAGACCUUUUUGUCAUCCUAAAUAUAACUUACUUUUGGCAGUUGAAACAUUUGAACAUAUGUUCCGAAGAAACUGCUUUUGCCUAAGUCUUCGAGAACAAUAUAAAGAUUGUUUUCAACCUGAAUAUUCAAAUCAGUUAGUAAACGCUCUCGUCAAUUUAAACAGAACUCCUAAUAUAAAAAUUUCCAAGAAUAAGUAUUGUUGUCACCUAACAAAUAGUAAUACAGGCAGAAGAACUGUUCUUCUUAAUGAUGAAUCAUCUAUUUUAUCAAGCACAAUAACAUUUUUAGGUUCUUAUGACAAACUGGUCGCAAAAUUGUUUGUAGAUGCAAGUGAAUGUGCAGUUAAUUUCCAUGUGUUAGAUUCAGAACCCCAUUUCAGAUACAGCGAAGAAACUUAUAUUGAAAUAACGAUUCGAAAUAAAGAAAACAAAGUUAUAUUUACCAAAACACUUCAAGGAUCAGAUACUGUGGAAGAAGAAUAUAAAAUAAAUUUUACAGACCUAGUUGAAAUAGAUCUUUUCCAUGCAGAACCAACCCGUUUACUGUUUGAUCAUCCUGCAUUGGGAAAAGUAAUUGAAAAGAAUAGUUCUCUCAAUACACUUAUUCUAACAAAAGAACUUUUUAAUGUAAACUACAUUUACGAAAUUAGACAAACUGAUACAGGAGAAAAGUUGUUAUUGGCAAAUGACGAAUCGGUAAUUUCCUGCAGCAAGUUGAAUUUUUUAGGGUUGAAUGACAAAUAUGUAGCUACGUUAUACAUCGAUACGGAGAAAUCUUUAAUUCACUUUAAUGUUCUAUCAACAAAUCCUCACAGGUGUUAUGAAGGUGAGCCGUAUUGCGGUGUAAAAGUAAGGAAUAGCAAAAAGGAAAUUAUAUUUGAUAAACUAAUCGAAGGAUUACAUCCAAUGCCAGAAGAAUUUAAAAUCCCUUUUGUCCAACGCGCUGAAUUGGAGGUUUUUCACGCAGAGCCGACACGUUUAAGAUCGAAUAAUCUAGCAAUGGAAGGUCUAAUAGAUCACAAAAGCAGCACAAACAAUUUUUCUCUUAGUAGAGAAAUUUCUAGUGAAUACUACGUGUAUGAUGUCACCAAUGCCAAUUUGGAUCAAAAAGUGGAAUUUCCAUUUGAAAUUCUUUCAACACCAGCAAGCAUCUUCAAAUUUAAAGGAAAAAGUGACAGACACAUAGCUUCGUUGUACUUAGAUUUUCACAAUGAUAGAAUUCUUUAUCACGUGCUUUCUCCGGAACCACAUGAUCGAUUUGAGGACGAAGUAUAUAUUGGUGUUACGAUAUACAGUGAAGACAAAGAAGUUAUAUUUUGUAAAGAAAUCAUUGGGGUAGAUGACACUGAAGAAAACUUCACGGUCAGCUUUACCGGACGAAUAGAGGUUAAGAUUUUCCACGCAGAACCCACUCGCUUAGUUUCCGACAAUCCUGAGAUAGAAAACAUGAUUGAUCAUGAAAAUACCGAAAACAAUUUCAUCAUUGAGAAAUCUCUGAACUUUCAUAGAAAGGGUAAAAAUAAAAAGCAUGCGAUGAAACGCUCUCUAAGACGUAAAAGUGUCUAAAAUCUGAAACCUAAAUGUUAAAAUUUGCAUUUAAAAUUUAAAAAAAACCAAUGAAUUUGUAUUAUAAAAAAAAUUCUGAUUCAUUCGUAGUCUGUCUUCUGCACAUUGUAAAAGAAGAUAGUUACAAGUGACAAAUGUAAAACGCAAAUAAACUGAAAUUGGAAAUGUUUUGGCGAGA